UGAAACAUUCAUUAAAGGAGAUAUUUCUACAGGAUGCAGGCAGAGAUCAGACUCAUUGGAGUUAACCUGUGUAUCCAUGAAGAGUGAUGGGUCUAUGGAUGGGCCAUUAGAAUUUAAGGAAAGACACAAAUCAACUGAUCUGAGAACAAUCCACGGAGAUAAAUCCAACUCCUCAGAGUCCAGCUGUGUGUCCAUGAAGGGUAACAGAUAUUUGGGCAGUCCAGGAAGAUUUAAAGGAAGUGACACAUCAACUGAUCUGCGUCAUUACUCUCAACUGAUCAAAUCAAAUCUGCUGAAAAAGUUUCGGUGUCUGUAUGAAGGAACAGCGACGCAGAGAAACCCAACACUCCUGAAUGAGAUCUACACAGAGCUCUACAUCACAGAGAGUGAAAGAAGAAAGACAAGUAAUGAGCACGAGGUGAGACAGAUUGAGAAACAAUCCAGGAGAGCAGCAACAGAGGACACACCAAUCAAAUGCAAUGACAUCUUUAGACCUUUACCUGGACAAGAAAAACCCAUCAGAACUGUGCUGACAAAGGGAGUCGCUGGCAUUGGAAAAACAGUCUCUGUGCAGAAGUUGAUCCUGGACUGGGCUGAAGGGAAAGAGAAUCAGGACGUCCAGCUCAUAUUUCCACUUCCUUUCAGAGAAAUCAACUUGAUGAAGGACAAAACACUCAGUCUUUCAGAUCUUCUUCAUGUAUUUUACCCUGAAACCAAAGAUAUGGAAAUAUCUAGUGAUCAAUAUAAAGUGUUGUUCAUCUUUGACGGUCUGGAUGAGUGUCGUCUGUCUCUGGACUUUAAGAGUAAAGUGAAACUGUGUAAUAUAUCUGAAUCAGCUUCAGUGGAUGUGCUGCUGAUGAACCUCAUUGUGGGGAAUCUGUUUCCCUCUGCACUCAUCUGGAUCACCUCCAGACCAGCAGCAGCUGAUCUCAUCCCCUCUGAGUGUGUCCAUCGAGUGACAGAGGUACGAGGCUUCAAUGAUCCACAGAAGGAGGAAUACUUCAGGAAGAGAAUCAGUGAUCAGAGUCUGGCCAAUACAAUCAUCUCACACCUGAAGUCUUCAAGGAGCCUCUACAUCAUGUGCCACAUCCCAGUGUUCUGCUGGAUCUCAGCCGCUGUUCUGGAGAAGAUGUUGAGUGAAGCAGAGAGUGGAGAGAUUCCCAAGACUCUCACUCAAAUGUACACACACUUCCUGAUCCUUCAGACCAACAUCAAGCAAGAAAAGGACUAUGAGAAUACAGUCAAAGAUGAAGAUAUGAUCCUCAAACUGGGGAAACUGGCUUUUCAGCAGCUUGUGAAAGGCAACCUGAUCUUCUAUGAGGAAGACCUGAGAGAGUGUGGCAUUGAAGAGAAAGAAGCAGCAGUGUACUCAGGAUUGUGCACUCAGAUCUUCAGAGAGGAGUUUGGCUUGAACCAGGGGAAAGUCUUCUGUUUUGUCCAUUUGAGCAUCCAGGAACAUCUAGCGGCUCUAUAUGCACAUCUGUCCCUUAUGAAAAAUAACAGAAAUGUGUUUAUUACUCUGUCUUCUUGUCCUUUGAAGCAUUUGAAGAAUGCUUUAAAUGUUUCACUAUCUAAGCUGCAUCAGAGAGCUGUGGAAAAGGCCUUGAAGAGUAAAAAUGGACAUCUGGACCUUUUUUUGCGUUUUCUUCUGGGUCUCUCAUUGGAGUCCAAUCAGUCUCUCUUAAGAGAACUACUGACACAGACAGGAAGCUGCUCUUACAACAAAGAGAAAACAGUUAAGUACAUCAAGCAGAAGAUCAAGAGGAAUCGCUCUCCAGAGAGAUCCAUCAAUCUGUUUCACUGUCUGAAUGAACUGGGAGAUGAUUCACUGAUGCAGGAGAUCCAAGAUUAUCUGAAAUCUGGAAAAAUAAAAGAAACUAAACUCUCAUCUUCACAGUGGUCAGCUCUGGUUUAUGUGUUGCUGACAUCAGAGCAGAAGAUGGAUGAGUUUAAUCUGAAACAGUUUAUUGGAGAACAAAAUACAGCAGAUGAAGUUCUUCAGAAGCUUCUGCCUGUGGUCAAAGAAUCCAGAUCAGUUCAUUUGAGGGAUUGUGGUGUCACAGAAGAAGGUUUUAUUGCUCUGGCUUCAGCUCUGAGAUCAAAUGACGUGACUAUAGAACUCCUGUCAGAUGCUGCGAGGCCCACCCAGUCGAGCAAACCAUGCCUUUUCUGUCCAACUACCGGCAAUGCUUACCUAUCCACUGACAUGCUGCAAGCCUGUGCCAGCAAUCUUGCAUUUCCAUCCUACAGUCUUCCCAUCCCUUACCUUUUCCAUGGUACGGUCAGCGAGGCUUACCCUUACGAUGCCAUGAGUCUUGAUCUCCUGUUGGAUGCCGCGAGAGCCUCCCGACCUAAACAUGUGCAGCUCCAUGAAGACUGCCUGAAUCAUGGAGGAUAA